GUACAAGCAACAGCACUUUCUGUACAGUCUCGUCUCAGAUUGUUAUAUUUCAAAGUAUUAGUUUUUCUCUUUUUCAAAUUGUGUCUUUUUUCGAUGGAGAAAUAUACAAUUUCUCGCGCUUCAAAGGCCGAGCCAAAGCUGUCGAUUGAUGACCAGCGCAGCGGCAACUUUCUAACUGGCACAAAAUUCUUUGGCGAAAUGAACGAGCUGGGCAUGCAGGACUACGGCACCUACUUGUAUCCAGAUGGUACACGCUAUGUGGGCUAUUUUCGCAACAAUCGCUUCCACGGGCGUGGCUCCAUACAGCUGCCACCGCCGGUGGGCGUCAACUUUGAGGUGACGCACGAGAACGGCAAGCUAGUGGAGAUCGACGAAAUGGUCUUUGACGAUCAGCUGAAGGUCGAUUUCACACGAAUGGCAGACGGUGCGUUUAGCUUCCAGCCGUGGAAGUAUUGCACGUCGGAGGAUCGUCGCUUCUACGCGGAGACGAGAGUUCCGCUGGCCCCGGUGGGCCCAGCCAAAUACCUCACCAAAGACGGACCCACAGCAGCCGAGCUGCCAAAGAACGUCUUCGACUUGGGCUACGGCCAGCUGAACCCGCAGGGCUUCCUGAUGGACCUGCGCUACAACACGCAGAGCAUCUAUGUGGGCUGUCGCAAGGUGCGUCACUGGAUCACGGAGCACUGUCGUCACGGCAGGCUCAGCAGAUAUCACUUGAAACGGCAGGUGAAGGAAAGGUCUGCCCGGGAAAUUAUGCAAAAUAAUCUGGAGGUCAGCAAUAAUUGUGGCAAAAAAUCGGGCCGCAGUGUGUGUCCCCCCAUGCCCAUGCCUGGCAUCUGUCGCCGUUCCAAGAGCCAGGAGAGCUCCGAAUCGGCGAAGGAGACGCGCCUACAUGCAGCCAGCACAUCGGACAGCUGCAGCACCAAGGUCGAUCGUACCGUGAAGCGGGAGCCGCGUCGCAAGUGCAGGCCGGACAAGGUGAAACGCGACCAAAGACGCGACACCAGCGAAUCGCAUGUGUGCCGCAUCAACUGAUGUUGCAUCAACAUCAUCAUCAUCAACAUCAGCAUCAUCAUCACAGGUUUAGUUUAGUUUCGGUUCUACUUAGAAUAAAUAG